AUGACAAAACGGAGGCAAAUUAUUCUGGUCACGUUGUUGGCUGACAGCCGGCUGUCCCGGAGAGCGCUGGAGUGAAUCCAGCGGUCCAGUGCUGGAGCGACAGCGCAGCGCGGCGCACAGACACCUGCAGUAGGAUGUAAAUGGGGAUUCCCGCUCUAAACUGAAAUCACCCACAGAUCGGGCCGUAAUCGAGACAAGGAGACAAGGAGACAAGGAGAGACAGAACAUGGUGAGGGGCGGUGGUCACUGUUGCUAUGUAUGAAGGAGAGCUGUCGCGUCAAUGGAGACCGAAGGCUAUCGUGACCUCCUGGAGACCAGCGACGGUCAGGGGGUAGACCUGUUGGAUGGAGGGGGUGAGGUGGGCGUGGAGGAGGGCUGGAGCACACCUUACCCACUGGGAUUCCAGGUGUCUUUGACCACCGUGCUGAUGCUGGAGCUGGUGCUGGGCUUCAGCAGCAACCUGACCGUGCUCGUGCUCUACUGCGCUCAGUCCAACCUUGUGGAUUCAGUCAGCAACCUGGUCACGGUCAAUCUCCACGUGCUGGACAUCCUGGUGUGUGUGCUGUGUCUGCCACUGACUGUUGCUGUGAUCCUGCUCCCGGCUAAUGGAAGCGGACUUGGCAGUCUGGCCACUUUGUGCUGCUUUCACGAAGCCUGCGUCACAUUCACCAGUGUGGCAACGGCAGUCAACGUACUGGUGAUCAGUUUGGACCGAUACGACAUCUCGGUGCGUCCGGCCAGUCGCCUGCUGACCCCCCGGCGCGCCGCAUUGCUCCUGACAGCCGUGUGGGUCGUGUCUCUGGCCGUCUUCUUCUUGCCUUUCAUAGAGGGGGACUUCUUUUCUUCAGCGGCUGAGGACGGUGAGGAUGAGGAGGCAGAAGGGCAAAGUCAUGAGCCCGAGCUCACCACCAGACUGAGUCCCAUUUUUUCCUCCAUUUCGCCCUCUUUAUUACCCCCCAGUCACCCGUCCUCCCCCUCACACCACCUGCCUCCAGUAUGGCAGAACAGGACACUGCUGUGUGUUGGCGGGCAGGGCUAUCACACAGGCAUGGCCAUGUAUUACCAUUUGUUACUGCAGGUUCCCUGCUUCUUCAUAGCUGUGGCCGUCAUGUUGUUCACCUACUCCAAAAUUCUACAGGCUCUCAACAUCCGCAUAGGCUCCCACAUGAUGAGGGGUAAACGUACCAAGGACUCCACCUGCAGGAUACGCUGCAGGAGGCGGAGGAAGAAGGACCUGAGCCUGCCCGUAGAGGCCGUGUCCUCGAACCAGAACCAGAACCUCGCCCAUCCUCCUCUCAUCCCCUCCCCGACACCAACGUCACCCCCACCAAUCUCCUCCAUGCCCCAGGGGAUUUCUGACAGUGGAGCAACAGUCACUACCGUCAGCACCGCUGCCACCACCCCUAUCGCGACCACCCCGGCCACCCCUGCGUCCCCAACCCAAGCUUCAGCUUCCGCCUCAGCGCAGACCCAUGCCACCUCACCGCUGCCCGCCUCCUCCAUGGGCGUCCAGGCGUCUGUUUCUGCCAUCAUCGCGUUGAGGCGUGCUGUGCGCAGACACAGGGACCGCAGAGAACGCCAACGCCGCGUCCUGAAAAUGUCCCUCAUCAUCAUCUCCACCUUCUUGGGGUGCUGGGCCCCUCUGUCCGCGGUCAACGUUCUGAUCCUGUGUCUGGGUCCCAGCGACAGCCUGGUGCGGCUGCGUCUCUGCUUCUUGGCGAUGGCUUACGGCACGACCAUCUUCCAUCCCCUGCUGUACGCUUUCACCAGACAGAAGCUGCGCCGGGCCCUCAAGACACGCGUCAAGAAAAGGGUCGUGUCCCUUUUACAAGUGGACCCAGCUGUCAGCGGGGGGACAGUUAUUCAUAACUCGUGGGUGGAGGGAGGAGCCCAGAGGAAGAGCCGCAAGCCACGGGUGGAGGCCAGCGAUGGCACUGAUCGAUGCCUCACAGAGGCCGUGAGGGAGUGAUGUGUGUGUGUGCGUGUGUGUGUGUGUGGAUUUAAUGCUGGUGACGGAUCCUGUGUUGCAGUCAUGACUGUGUGUGAGAGAAAUAAGAGGCAGUUUGUUUACAAAGGUCAGGACAAAUCCCGUGACCCCAGGUCCCAUGCAGAUAUGGAGACAAGUGAGUCCUGAGCUGUAAUUAGAGGCAGCGUUCUGCUCUCCCUGUGCACGUCCUCAUUAGUCCACAUCCUGACUGAAGGUGGCCACUGUCUCUCCAUGGCUACUGGAAACUGUCGCGCGCACCGCACCCCACGUGUAGAGUAAGGGUUAGAUAACAAGGAACACACACACACACACACACACACACUCACUCACUCACUCG